CUCUUAAAAACAGGCGCUUGAGCUGCGCUUUUACGUUCCUCCGAUGCGGGCGAUGCUAACCCAAUGCUCAACGUAAUAACACACAAAGUUACACUUCCUGGACCCGAGUGGAUAUAAAAAGAAAGAGCCAGUGGCAGCGGGACCUAUCCCUGGAGUACGCCAACCCAAAAAGCAUUGUAAGGACACCGAAUCUUUAACGGCCGAGCACUGACGUAGCCCAGCCCCAACGGACGGGCUGCCACUUCCUCCACCUCCUACCUCCUCAGCGUCUAACCCCCCCCCCCUUCCUCAGCUCCCUGUCCCCCAACCCCCCACUGUCGGGGUCCACUCCUGACGACAGACCCGGAGAGCGCCGUCUCCCCCAGAGUUCUCCCUGAGCCGGUGACACCACGAGGAGGCCACAGGGAUACAGCACUGCCACGGUGGACCUCCGGUUUCCUGUCCUCUUCACGCAGGGAGCAGUGCCUUUCUGUUGGGUCUCCCUGCGCCGUCGAGGAGCGAGCACCUCCCCUCACAACGGGCCACGGCGUUGGGGUCUCCGCACCUCCCCCCCCCCCGCCACACCCUCCCGGUUGGCGUCUGCCUCAGUUUUUUUUACUUUUAUUUGAUAUCCUCGCCGCCGUCGCGUCUGAGUCCGGUUCGCGCCGGGCCGCAGGACUUUACGAAGCUGGGGCGCAACUCAUGGGAUGCGACCAUGUCCGACCUGGGUGAGCGCAGGGCGGUCAACUCGGACUACGCUGUCUCCCUGCUGGAGCAGCUCAAGUUCUUCUACGAGCAGAAGCUGCUGACGGACGUGGUGCUGCUGGUGGAGGAGGCCGAGUUCCCCUGUCACAAGAUGGUCCUGGCCACCUGUAGCUCCUAUUUCAGGGCGAUGUUUAUGAGCGGCCUGAGCGAGAGCAAGCAGACCCAUGUGCACCUGCGCAACGUGGACCCCACCACGCUGCAGGUGAUCAUCACCUACGCCUACACGGGCAACCUGGCCAUCAACGACAGCACGGUGGAGCCCCUCUACGAGACGGCCUGCUUCCUCCAGGUGGAGGACGUGCUGCUGCAGUGCCGCGACUACCUGGUGAAGAAGAUCAACGCGGAGAACUGCGUGCGCAUGCUGAGCAUCGGCGACCUCUUCAGCUGCAGCGAGCUCAAGCAGAGCGCCAAGCGCAUGGUGGAGCACAAGUUCCCCACGGUGUACCGCCAGCAGGCCUUCCUGCAGCUGUCCCACGAGCUGCUCGUGGACGUGCUGAGCAGCGACAACCUCAACGUGGAGAAGGAGGAGACGGUGCGCGAGGCCGCCAUGCUGUGGCUGGAGUACAACAUGGAGGCGCGCUCGCAGCACCUCUCGUCGGUGCUCAGCCAGAUCCGCAUCGACGCGCUGUCGGAGGUGACGCAGCGCGCGUGGUUCCAGGGCCUGCCGCCCAACGACAAGUCGGUGGUGGUGCAGGGCCUCUACAAGUCCAUGCCCAAGUUCUUCAAGCCGAGGCUGGGCAUGACCAAGGAGGAGAUGCUCAUCUUCAUGGAGGCCAUGUGGGUGGCCGAAGGCAUCCACCUGAUGGCGCAGGUGUCGUACCGCGCCGUGUGCUACAGCCCGCAGGCGGAGAAGCUGUACCGGCUGAGCGACCCCCCCGGCGACCUCCAGAAGGUGGGCACGCUGGUGUCGCCCGACAACGACGUGUUCAUCGCCGGCGGGCAGCUGACGCUGAAGAACUCUGUGGGCAAGGCGGGCAAGCUGCAGACGGUGUACCGGUCCGUGGACAGCUUCUACUGGCUGGACGCGCAGCAGAACGCCUGGGUGGCCAAGACGCCCAUGCUGUGCGCGCGCAUCCGCCCGUCGCUGGUGUGGUGCGAGGGCUACAUCUACGCCAUCGGCGGCGACAACGUGGGCGGGGAGCUGAACAAGCGCACGGUGGAGCGCUACGACUGCGAGAAGGACGAGUGGAGCAUGACCAGCCCGCUGCCCUGCGCCUGGAACUGGAGCACGGCGGUGGUGGCGCACGACUGCAUCUACGUCAUGACCCACGACCUCAUGUACUGCUACUUCCCGCGCGCCGACACCUGGGUGGAGAUGGCCAUGCGACGCACCAGCCGCUGCUUCGCCUCGGCCGCCGCCUUCGGCGACCUCAUCUUCUACAUCGGCGGGCUGCACGUGGUCAGCAACACGGGCGUGCGGCUGCCCACCAGCACCAUCGACGGCUCGUCGGUCACCGUGGAGAUCUACGACGUCAACAAGAACGAGUGGCGCCUGGCCGCCAACAUCCCCGCCAAGCGGUACUCGGACCCCUGCGUGCGCGCCGUGGUGCUGCUCAACGCGCUCUGCAUCUUCAUGCGCGAGACGCACAUGAACGAGCGCGCCAAGUACGCCAUCUACCAGUACGACGCCGAGACGGACCGCUGGUUCCUGCGGCAGCCCGUGUCGGAGCGCUCGCUCUGGGACAUGGGCAAGGACUUCCGCUGCGCCGUGGGCAAGCUGUACCCCUCCUGCCUGGAGGAGUCCCCGUGGAAGCCGCCCACCUACCUCUUCGCCCCCGACGGCGCCGAGGAGUUUGAAGUAGACGGGGAGAUGGUGCCCCUUCCCCAUGUAUAGCUCUUAGCCCCCCCCCCAGACGCCACCGAGGCUGCACUCCCCCCCCCCCCCCAUCCCCAAACUCGCUUACGCGCUGAAGAGCUGAGGCUGGGGCUGGGUGGCUGGGAGGAGUGGAAUUUGGGGGCGGGUGCAGUGGAAUUUGGGGGCGGGAUUACUGCCCCGCAGAACUGAAAUGGUUUGACAUGUGUUUUUCCGAAGGGAUGGUAAUUCCUUGACCUCCCCGACCGGUGUUGAAUCUAACCUCGGCUGAUGCUGAUUGGUCGAAGCGCAGCGGCGAGAGGCCUCUUCUCCCCCCUCAACCCCCCUCCCCCUCCUCAAAAUAAGUAAUGUAAAAUCUUUUUUUUAUUUUUUAUUAUUUUGUUAGUCAUUAAAUCGGUUAGAUAUUAUUGCAAUCUGUUAUACUGUUUCUACAAUGUGAUAAUCUAAACGGUAACUGAACUUUGUGAUGAUGAUGAUGAUGAUGAUGGUAAUGUUUAUGAUGAGGAUGACGAUGCACUUACAAGUAAACCUCCUUGGAAUGACGAUGGCAACUGUACCAAACCCCCCUCCCCGCCCCCCUGCCUCCUCCUCCACUGCCCCCCCAACCCUCUGGGCCCCACCUCCCUCCGACUUACUUCUUUCUGUCACCACCUUUCCCACGGACUCCGCCUCCUUUUAGCCACUCCCCCUCCUCCCCCUGUGUCUCUGACUCCGCCUCCUCCCCCUGUAUCGCUGACUCCGCCUCCUCCGCCACCCCCUGGGUCCCCUCCCCCGUCUCGCUCGCCUUUUCACUAUUAGGGCCCCGGAUGCAUCUCAAGGUUUUUAUUAUUUUAUUCAGGGCCCCGUUGGUGAGACGACAGAGGGGUCGGUGCUGUGAGCGUACGAAAGAUUGGGUUACCUGUACGAGAAGGGGGAGGGCGGAGGGAGGAGGGCCGGGGGGGCAGAAGGGGUCAAAGGUCAUUAGUUGGUGACUGCAGGUACAGCCACCUAGACCACACACCCUCCCUCUCUCUCUCUCGCGCUCUCUCCCCAACCCUCCCUCUUUUACUGAACCCAAAACUGGCCUCACCCAAACUCAGACACCCCUCUGGUCCUCUCCUCCAGACCCUCCAUGUUCUCUCGCUCUCACUCUCUCUCGCUCGCUCUCUCCCUCUCUCGUAUUCUUCAUAUGCGGGUCUCUGCAAAAGGAUCGCCACACAACUCCACUCAGAAACACCGUACUUAGACUUUGGGCUCAUGCGUUUUUUUUUUUUUUUGAAAUUCGUUUUUUUCUUUUUUAUUUACAAGCUGCUGAAAUAUAUAUAUAAAUCUUAAAAAAUAUAUAUAUUUUCAUAUGUUUAGACAAAAAAGUGUUUCUGUGCGUGUGUGUGUGGGCUGGACAGGGGGCGGUGGGAAAACCAGGUCUAUUUUGUAUUAGUCUUUCAUUUUUUAUUUAAUAUCGGACAUUACUGUAGUGUGAUUGUGUGUAGAUAUCCAUAUUGUUUCUUUCCUUCUAUCAGACUUAAUUUUCUCGUGAGUGGAUAUUGAGGUAUCUCGCUGCUGAUUGGGUCUGAGAGGAACGAAGAGGGCUGGCCCAGGGCUGUUGCUAUGGAAAUCGUCCCGGCAACCACUAGCAGUAGUGGGGGAGGGAGAGGGGUGGGGAGGCUGACUUCCUACCUUUUUUUUUUUUUAAGAGAACUAAACAUGAGCACAGGUGCUUCAUGAUAAACAUUACCUUAGCAUGUUUGGCUGCAUCAUAUUCCUUUGGCACUGUAUUUUGAAUGAACGUUAAUUUAUUAAAAACCAUACCAAAAACGUUCCUGAAA